UCAAAGAGGAAUGGGCAUCAUCUGUCAACGGGUCGGUCUAAUUUGGAGCCAAAGUCUAAAGCAAACAGAAUAAAAUUCCCGUAAUGUUUCUACAGACACUGACAAAAUUAAGUUUACCUAUUCUUACGAGAAAUUUAACACUACAGCUACGAAAAUGUCACAGUGUAUUUGGUAUAAUGGAUUUAAUACAACAAGAAAAGGUAUUAAAAAGAGUCCCCGAAAACUUCACGAUGUCCCAAGUGACUAGCGAAAAUCACGAUUUGGCCUUACACAUAAUAAAGCGGUAUUUUCUGAGCGAACAUGUUCUGGUGCGCGCGCGCAACAUGGACAUAUCCAACGACUGCGCUCUUGACGAGUAUCUCGUUGGCUUGCUUAAACAAGGAAACUCAAUCUUCGCCAAAGACGAGGACGGCAAAGUGGCUGGGCUGUGCGUCAGUUUCGCUAGUAGUCCCGUUGACCCGAGGAAUUUAAGAAAUUACGCCUUUUACAGACAAGAUCCAAACACUAAAGAUUUCCUCUACUUCACGGCGAAAUUACAAGAAACUCCGAAUCUGUGGGAAGUGUACAAACAACAAAAAGUUUACGAGAUAAAAAUGAUCACAGUAGUACCGGAGUACAGGAGACAGGGCCUGGCCGUCCACAUGGCAGAGAAGAGUAAAGCACUAGCUCAUGAUCAGGGAUACAACGUCAUAAGAAUGGACUGCAUCAAUCCAUUCGAUUACAAAAUAGCAGAGCGCUGCAUGCUACAAUGCAUAGUUAAGUUUCCUUUACACAAGGUGCGAGGGGCAAACGCUCCUUUCAUAAAACGAAGCUCAGAGUAUAACCGUUGCGUGCGAGUGUACGUGGAUGCGCGAGCGCAGCCCGACGUCGAUCAAAAGUCAGUCAAGAGCCGACAGCAAGACUUGGAGAGUCUCAUCGAGUGAUAGCUAAGAUAUUGUUAUGGUUUGAAUAAAUAGAUAUUUUAACUUU